AUGGCGGUGCCGUGGCUCCAGGCCGUGUCUCUUCUGGUCCUGUUUCUGGCGUGGGGGCCGGACUUCCAGGCCUCCGCCUCCCCACAGCACCUGUGUGGGUCCCACCUGGUGGACGCGCUGUACCUGGUGUGCGGCGACAGAGGUUUCUUCUACAACCCCAAGAGGGAUGUGGACCCCCUGCUGGGCUUUCUCCCGCCAAAAGUGGGAGCGGCUGUGGCCGGUGACAACGAGGCGGUGGAGCUGGCCCUCAAGGACCAGAUGGAGGUGAUGGUGAAGCGGGGCAUCGUGGAGCAGUGCUGCCACAAACCGUGUAACAUCUUUGACCUGCAGAACUACUGCAACUGA